AUCAUUUAUAAAGUUCAGCUCGUAUUUACUGUUGGUUCAGUUGUUACCGUCGACACGUGCCGGAAUACUAUCUGAUUAUCGCGAAAACAGAGUACGAAAUUAAAUAUUCUCCGUGUCACGAUCAAGAAUUGGAACCGAUAUGAUCUGGGAUAUGCAGAGACAGAAUAUUUUCUGGACUGCAGGUCUCCUCGUCGCGGUGUUCUUACAGACAAUAGCAGCCGUCAAAGAUGCCACGACAAAAGGACAGACUUCUAAAUUAUUCCUAGAGGAGCGAGGAAAGGAACUUCUGGAUGAAUCGGAAGCUACAUACUACGGACCGUACACGCCUCAAUUAUUCAGUACCGACUACCGUUCUAUUUAUCAGCAGUCAAACUUUCCAGAUCCCACCUUCUUCUUCGGCUCUGGUCAAAACACGAGCGACGAUGUUCAUCGGCAAAUCAAGUGCGGCGAUACUUUUCCCCAAGUCUGUCGGUACUCGCGAUAUCGAAGCUACGAUGGUAGCUGCAAUAAUCUUCAAAAUCCCACAUGGGGUCUGGCCAAUACAAGAUACGGAAGACUCAUACGUCCACGCUACAGCGAUGGAAUUCGAGCACCGUCGAAAUCAGUUACCGGCGCGAAUUUGCCGUCGGCUCGAACCGUCAGUUACAUGAUGUUUCCAAACCUCAAUAUCGACGACAGAACAUGGAGUCUAGUGGCGAUGCAGUACGGACAAGUUAUAACGCAUGACAUGGGUCUGAACGACGGUGUAACUCAAUCUACGGUACAGAAAAUGCGGUGUUGCACCUCCGACGGUCAGAUAUCACCGGACAUGACGACGAGACCCCGAUGCUAUCCGAUACUCGUAACUGAGAAAGACCCGGUGUAUAGCAGUUCUUCCAUACGGUGCUUGAACUUUGUUCGUAGCAUGACCGAUUUUGAUCGCGGCUGUUCGUCUCCACAUACGCCGGCACAACAGCUAAACACCGUCACUCACUAUUUGGACCUUUCGCUCGUUUACGGCUCGAGCGACCAGGUUGCAACUAGUCUGCGAGCUGGUUUCGGUGGACGUUUAAAUGUGGAACUGAAAAAUACCAGGGAAUUUCCACCACAGGUAUCUAACAAAUCCACCAUAUGCGAAACGAUGUACGAACACGAGCCAUGCUACGCUACCGGUGAUACGCGAUCCAAUCAAAACCCACAACUGGCGAUUCUACACAUCGUGUUGCUCCGAGAACAUAAUCGCGUCGCGGAUUAUUUGGCAAAUUUAAAUCCACACUGGACCGACGAAACGAUAUUUCAAGAAACGAGGCGAAUUGUCAUCGCCGAACAUCAGAACAUCGUAUAUUAUGAGUGGACGCCGAUUUUCUUAGGACGUGAACAAGUUUAUCGAGACAAAAUUAUAUACAACACUAACGGCUACGUGAAUGAUUACGAUGAGACGGUUAAUGGUAACGUGCUGAACGCACACUCUACCGCGGCCAUUAGAUAUUUUCAUAGCCUGGUCGCCGGUAAUCUCAAUUUAAUAACAGAGGAUCGUCACGUCUCGUCCUUCUAUAGUCUGAGACUGAGCGAUCACUUCAAUAAACCCGCUAUUAUCGAAAAGGGCAACAAUUUAGACGAUCUGAUCAGAGGUUUCGCAACGCAGCCGCAAAGAGACGCCGAUAUAUAUUUCGAUCAAGAGAUAACGCAGUAUCUCUUCAGGAGAGGACGAACCCUCGGCUCUGAUCUGCGAGCGAUAGACAUACAAAGAGAUCGCGACCACGGACUCGCUUCCUACAACGAUUUUCGCGAAUAUUGCGGACUACCACGGGCGGAGGAUUUCAUGGAUUUCGCCGACUAUAUCUCGUUUGCGGAUAUACAGAAACUCUCGAUAUUGUAUGCUAGUCCGGACGAUGUCGAAUUGACCGUCGCUGGAUCUUUGGAAAGACAUAUCACCGGCACAUUAGCCGGACCGACGUUCUUAUGCAUCAUGACGAGACAGUUUCAGCAGACACGAAUCGGUGAUCGUUACUGGUUCGAAACCAAUGACCCGGAAAUAGCUUUCACACUAGAGCAACUGUACGAGAUACGAAAGUCGAGUAUAUCGCGACUACUUUGCGACAACGGACAUCAUAUUCAGCACAUGCAGAGAGCAGGGUUUCAACAGCCCACCAAAAUGAAUCCAAUUUUGAGCUGUAACGAAUUACCGCAAAUGGAUCUCUCGUACUGGAAGGAUUAUGGUCCGAAUACUCGUGAUUCUACCUAUCAAUAUAUCGCGAGUCCGCAAUAUAAAAAGUAACAGACAAACUUCCGACAACCCAUCUAUGUUACCGAGAAUACCAAAAAGAAUCGUGCUUGCUUUCGCGAAAUAGUAAUAGUAUUGCCAAUGAAACGAAACUUUUAUACGCACGAUAUAUCGCGUCAUACUUUUAUGAGAAUGCAACAAGUUGUAAGUAGGUAUACCGUUGCCUUUCUACAAUUUUUUACGUCUUUACAAUGCCUUAAUAAUGCUCAAAUGAUAAAAUUACAUUUUCGUUUGUCAAGACAAAAAUUUGACGAAAGUCAAACCUUCGUUAUUCUAUAUGUCGCUGGAGAAGAUUCUCAAACAAUGAUGAUUUGGACAGUUUUUUAGGUCAAUUCAGACUGCAACGCAACAAAAUAUACAUCUAAUCGUUCCUUCAAAAAAGCGGAUAAAUACACACUCUCGCGACAUUAAUUGAUCGAAAAAUAAUCAAGAUGAGCUCAUCAAUAUUCAGUGUUUCCUUUAUAUCGUCAAUCGAAACAGAUAAUUGCAACAUUAUUAUUAUUAUUACUAUAAAAGUAACAAUGAUAUAUCGAUCUGUAGUUUACGAUGUGUAUAGUAGAUAAACAUACUAUUAAUAGGCAACAUUUACAUAUUGCAUAAAAAUUGUGGCACGCAUAAUUAAUAAUGAUUAUCUCAUAAAAAUAUCGACAAAUCGAUUUAUUUACGAUUAAAAGAAGAUAAAAUGUUUAGUGAAUAAUGCCACAUUUCAUUUUAACAAAACAUUAUUGAAAGGUACUUGAUAAUAGAUAAGCAUACUUGUACAUAUGUGUCCAUGUACAGUAAAAAGUAACAUAUAAGUAAGUUCUACGUUCAUUAAAGUCCAAGGAGACUUUGUUGAAUAUAAUUUCUACUUAUGAGUUGCGAUUGUUCGUAUAUAUCACAAGAGUAAAAUUUGAAUGGCAUACAGUAGACACUAUUUGCGUUAUUCAAGAUGCAAGUUAUUUUGUACGAUAAAAGUACAAGUAAGCGACUAUUAACAGAACAAUCAUAAAUAUUAUGCAAAAUAAAUAUUAUGCAAAAAGUAUGCAUAUCCCAAUAUCAUGCAUAUUAGUUAUUAGUAUUUUUAUUAAAAUAUAAGAAAUUAUAAUCUCAUUUUUUCUCAUAAAGAUAUGCGCCAUUUUUUGACUUUUCAAUUUCCUACAUCUGUACAUUGCAUCUGUGCUUGAAUAUCGACUAAACAAUAAAGUUUCUUCUUUGUUUGUCAAAACUCCAAA